UGACCAGCGAGGCCAUUUCAAAAUGGGGUGGUGUUCAUGCCUUUUCCUUGGACUAUCUCCUUGGAAGAUCGUUUAUAAAUCAUGAAUGCUGAAUUAAAAGUUGUAAAGGAGUUAGGAAAAGGUCGUGUUGGAUAUAUUAAUCUUCGCCAUAAAGCUGGCAAUGAAAAUGAAUCCGGCACAAAAGAGACCACGGUGGAAGUUCCAUCCACCCUAAUUUACACGAGGUAUGGACGCGUACCUCAUAUGACAGAGGACGUGGAGAGAUUCCUUCCAACCAGAUGCAAGCAAAUGAUACGCAGAUUUAGGCUCUGUGACUUGUUUGAAGAAUCUGUAAGUCAAAGCCUUAAAGCUUCCAACAAGGUGUAUAAAAAGUUUACAAACAGCAAAGAAAGUGAUAUGCUAUUUUGUUCAGUUCAAGACACAAUUGGCUUUUCCUCAGUGGAUUUUUCUAAAUAUGCAGAGGAAAAAUCCAUUUCAGUUUGGACUCAGAGUGGGAGGAGGAAGGUCACUUCGAAUGGUUUCAUGGAGGCUUUGUCAAUGUCUGGCGUUGAAAUGGCUGAAUGUCUUUGCGAUAUCACACCCGUAGGAGCCGGUGAUAAACGAUGCAAAAAAUCAGUUGAUCGAACUUUGAAACAUCUUGAUCAUUGUAUUCAAAUUUCACAGGAAAAUCCGGAGAAGUACAAUUUUGCUUUGUUUGGUGCGAUAGUAGGAGGGGAUAAUGUCAAGGAAAGACGAAGGUGCGCAGUGGAGACUUCAAAAAGAGACGUCCAAGGUUUCGUUUUGGAAGGAUUCGACAAGAUUGGUGAUGAUUUCAACGAAAUUUUGCAAACAACCUUGGAGUAUCUGCCGCCCGAUAAGCCAAAGAUAAUGCUAGGAUCUUUUAACCCAGAGCGAACAUUAGAGGCUAUUCUCAAUGGCGUUGAUAUUGUAGAUAAUUCAUAUGUUUAUGAACUAACUGAACGUGGUUGUGCUGCAGUUUUUACUUAUCGCACUAAAAAAAUGAAGACCCACUCUGAUCAGGAUCCAGUUACAAAUGUACUUGAAAAUGGACCCCAGUCAACAUUGGAAAUAGAACUGAGCCAGAAAAGGUACAAAGAUGAUUUCAAGCCAAUCCUCAGUACUUGCAACUGCAUGACCUGCCUGAAAUACACAAGGGCCUACCUUAAUCAUCUUUUGGUGACCAACGAAAUGCUGGCUCAGGUUUUACUGAUGAUGCACAAUAUGCACCAUUUUGGGAAAUUCCUUGAAGAAAUACGAACAGCGAUGAGCGAAGCAACGCUAGAUAGUUUAAAGGAUUUAUUAGUGAGUACAUCUGUGAGCUAAUGGCCUUCAAAAUUUUACAAUAUUGUAUUUUUGUGUGCUCAUUGCCUUUGGCCCCUGAACUGGGAGCCUUUCUAUGGUUUUAGAUACAUGAAGAUUUAUUGUAUGUCUGACAUUGGAAAAAUAGACAUCGAAUUUUUAUGGGAAUCUUGUCUCAGCCUUUUUCGAGUUAUUUAGAGUAAAAUUCAAGGAACCACCUUAAAUGUCGAUAAAGAUAAUAAAACCUCAUUAUGCUUGCAAUAAUAUCAUGAAUGAAGUUCUGUUGUAAAUUCGGAGCUUGUGUUGGCAGUGAAUGAAAUGGUUGCAUGAUAACAGAGUUUCUUUGAAUGCCAUAAAAUUGCCAUGCUCAUCAAUUCCAACAGCAUGUUGAAGUAUGUAGCGCUAAAUGUCAAUGGCAACAGGAUUGAGCUUGCAAAUGAUACCAAAGGCCUAAGUGUCAACGAUAUAAUUUGAUUUUUUUAUUGACAAAAAGUAAUUACAAUUCAAUUUACAUUCGAAUAUACUACCCCAAUUACUGUACUGCUAUCGGGGACGAUACCAUAGGGAGCGAAAGACAAUGACUACCCAUGGCCGAUACAUAAAAACGCACAACUUUGAACAAAGAUAGAAAGAAGAGGAACCAAAACUAGGUAGACUAAUUAGGAAUACAGAUUAAACAGACAAAAAGUAGAUGCUAAUGUAUAGGAGUGUACAUCAAUGGAAUAUUUAAAAGCGUUCUGAAGCAUGAAUGAAUUUGAGCGUUGCCUGAAGUAGCUUCUUAUUUGAGUCAAUGGUUAGUCGCUUGUCACCAUAAAAAAUGCAUUUGAGUAAAACUUCAUUUGAAAAAGACGCAAAACCACGAGGGAGCAAUAUUGCAUUCACACUAUUGACAUUAAAUCUAGGCCCAUUAUACGAAUGAUAGAGCAGCAGGAAAUGUUCUGUGUCCUCUACCCCUAUCGUUUGCGGGACACAAAGGCUUGAAUGUUAUGCCGAAAUCUCUAAAGUUAUGCCGAAAUUUAUCAUUUAUCAUAAUUUAGUUUGCUCGCUCCUACCCGUAGCUGAGUAAGAAUAGCUAGACCUUUUGGAUCAUGAAUACCGUAUACUAGUUUAGGAGUGAGUCAGAUAAGCCUCGAUAAUUGUGUUUUGAAGGUACUUAGUGAGGGUGAUAACCUAAUCUCUGAGUCAAGUGUGUUCCAUUCAGAGAGACAGUCGGGAUAAAAGCUUGUCUUGAAUCUUUUCGUUCUUGCCCUUAUCUACCCAACUACAUUUGCAUUACGAAAAGUGUACAUAGGUUUGGUAAUUGUGGAAUGGGGUAUCUUGUGUAGUCAGGGGUAAUAUCGUUGUCAAUCUUGUUAAAAAGAACGAGGCGUCUGCUUCAACGUCGUAGGCUUAAGGAUUCCCAACCAAGUUCCUCGUAGAGUUUUUUCACGAGAUCUUCCUUUUUUUGCUCCAGUCACUGCUAGUGCAGCAGAAUACUUAACUGAUUCAAGUUUUUCCAAAUGAUUAUUCGGUGGGGUAUCUUGACUGAAAUUGCAUUUUUUGGGUGGGAUGUGGUAAAUGACAUCACCGUAAUCUAAGUGUGGCCGCACAUACAAUUUACACAGUUCAGUUACAGUACUGCGGGGCAAAUAGUUUAAAAGAAAUUUUAUUAUUCCUAUCCCGCGUCUACAGUCAAUGAGUAUAAUUGACUCUCAAUGUUAGAGGCAAAGGACAAUUUAGAAUCAAGCAUGAUGCAUCCUUGUACCCCCUUGCUGCUACCAUUGUUGCAGGCUAGCAUUUGGCAUCUGCUCCAAAAAGAAACAUAUUUCAUGGUUGCUAAACAUUUGAUAUAUCCUGCUCAUCAGUGCCUCUGUGAUUCUUUCACCAAAUUAUCGCACCUACCUACACUGGAACUCUGUAGUGCUAAACUGGUUCUGGCUAUUCCAUUAAUGAAAACAAUUAAUGUUUAUGCAUUUUAAUGAUAAAGUCUUUUCCCCAAGCAAAUAAGUUUUUAAGAAAAUAAAAUGUAAGUUGAUGAUGCCAUUGCUGCACUUGCAAAUUAAUCUCUCGCAACGUUCUGCGUAACUGGAUAAGACUGGGUACGGCAUGAAUGAAUCUUCCUAUGAAAUGUCGCAUCUUCCUUACUCUAACAAGAAAUUUAUAGAAUCAGAACAGCUCGGUCGUAACGUUUUGCGUUCAAAGAAGUUGACUUACCAACAAAAAUAGGACGUUUAAAGAUCGGAAAUUCGGAAAUUUGCAGUUCUUAUUAGUAUUAGAUUAGCAACAAACUUUUUUGAAUUCGAACCGUUUAGGCCCAGUUUAAACAUCGAAUUUCUGCCUUGUCCAAUCAAAUUGAAUUUUAUUUGGCAGUUGUGCGAAGGUGCAAAUAAAUGCUGCAGUUGAUAACAGAUCGGGAACAUGUCUGCCGCUGGUCACUGCGUCGCGGGCUUAUGCGCAAAUUUGCCGGUGUACAAUGCGUUUCUGCAUGGGCUGAGACGCAUAUGCGUUUCAAAUGUUACCGUGUAAUGGCGGGCAUGCAGGGCCUAGCUGUGAAUGGCGUGAAGCGCAUAUGCGUUAGACAGGACACAUAGGUGUUUCAAUGGAUGUUACAAUCAUUUCUUGUUAGUUAACAUUCUUUUGCGAUAAAAUUCGAUGGUGUAUUGAUUUUAGAUGCCCCAUGCAGAAACGUAUAACUUCAAUAUCUGUCACGUGCCCGGUAAAAUCAGGGAGGCAAAGAUGAAACAGUAAGUGCUUACUAUGGUAUAGUAAGAUUUCCUUGGCCGGAGGAAGGCUGGCAACUUUUCUGGACUCUGACUGCCACAAUUAAGUAUUUGAUGCGGCACUAAAUUUAAACGUCUUGCUAUAGUCGAAUACUAUUGACACUUAGUUGUUUUCUGAAGAAAAGAUUAAUAUGACCCAGUAGAAAUUCGAUGUUUGAACUGGGCCUUAGUUUAAAGACUUUUGAAUUUCAAAGUUAUGUUAGUAACAGGACCUGCCCAAAUGGGAUUGUAAAGUUUGCUAAAUACAGUCACGUGAAUUCACUGCAGCGGGAAUAUUGCAACAUUACGCCAUGGACCCGAAGAGAUAUAUGAAAUGGUCUCUGUAACAGGUCAACACAACGUGAGAGCAGUGAAAAUGUACAUGAAGCACAACAACUACUGUCUUUGUUUUUGCUAAGUUUACUUAUUAACAGAAAAGGAACAAAUACGAGAGGAAAAUGAACUGGAAUGAUGAAGAUGGUUUUAGAAUCUAAAUUUAGAUUAUGCAGUCGUGUAAAAAAAAUUGAAACUAUGGUGGCUCGUGGAGGCCAAUGGUCUAUGCGGACGGAUUAAAAAAAAUUUCACGGCUAAAAAUUUUUUGUAAAUAAAUCCUUCGGCAGGAGAAUAAUAAGAAGUUUUAUACGGUUAUGA